CAGCGCACGCUGAUGCUGGUCUAAGCUUUUAUGAAUGAAACGAUCUUUUUAUAAAAGAGAUGCGCUCUCUGAGCGAAGGAACCAGUUUCGAGAGAAAGGCGACUCGACGUAGUUCGCUGCGAAUGAACUUCAUUGAUUUGUUCGAUUAUUGAAAUUGAGAUGUUCGCAUUCAAAAUAGUUUUACUUUCGUCGCUGGUACUGUUGGUUUCCGCCAACAAGUGUGCCGUGACGAAGGAGCAAUGCGUUCCGGUGCGCUAUUGUCCGCAUAUUCAGGACGCCAUCGAAACGGGAAGCGUCUAUCGUAACAAUUCGCUGUACGAGUACGUUUGGUCCAGGACUUGUCAUGAACCCGGUCAGGAAGCGCGGGUUUGCUGUGAACCAGAGAGAACCAGUUUGGGAAAGCGUUGUUUCACUACAUCACAGCAACCGUUGGAGGGGAAGUGUGUCGCCCCGGAACACUGCACUCCGAUCAAGCGGUACCUCGGACUAAGACGACGACGCAAUGCCGUCUAUGACAAAGAACUGGCGGAGAAUGUGUGCUUCCAAAAUGUGAACGAUGGAAAGAAUUUUUACUGCUGCCCUGAUGUCUACGUUAACGAACCUCAGAAAUCAGAGACUCCUAAAAAAGAUGAAGAUCGAGUUUUGAGAGUAAAAAACGCUUUCCCGCCGUGCCAUGACCCAAACGACGAACCCGGUUUCUGCGUCCCUGUCCGGCACUGCGACCACAUUCACUCAGCAUUCCUCGACCAACGGAUCACGCACGAUCGCAAACUGGCUGAUUUUGUGCACGCCAGCCGCUGCAAAUCGGAUGCCUCGAAUGGUAAUUCAAUUUGUUGCGCCAAACCAACCACCAAGAAGCACAUCUUCAUCCGGAAUCAAAAAGCUGCCAAACUGGGACUGUCCCGGUGCGGCCGAAUUCCCUUCACCAAUCGCAUACUGAAAGGAAACGAAGCCGGCUUGGGACAAAAUCCAUGGAUGGCCAAUCUGCUCUAUCAGAAGCGCGGCAGGAUGGUGAGCCUGUGCAGUGGGUCUUUGAUUCAUCCAAGGUACGUCCUCACCUCUGCGCAUUGCAUGCAGGGCUCUUUGAAGCCCAUUGCCGUACGACUCGGGGAAUAUGACACCAGCAGCAAUCCUGAUUGCGAUUCAAAUGGCUGUGCGGCCCAAACUAGGGACUACGGAAUCGCCCAACUUAUUCCGAACGAGAACUUCAACGGACGAGACUCUGAUUAUGACAUUGCGUUAGUGGAACUGCAACAGGAAGCGACUCUGAGCGAAGGGGAGAUCUAUCCAAUAUGCCUUCCGCUGACCGAGAGCCUGCUAAUGCUGAAGCCCACCAAAAUGACUGUGACGGGAUGGGGUAUGACCGAGCACCAAGAGCCAUCGAACGUUUUACUGGAAGCGGAUUUGAGCAUUGUGCGGAGGACCAGCUUCUGUGAAGGCGAGUCAACGUGCUGCGUGAGAGGCAACCAUGCGGAGGGGCAUUGUCGAGGGGAUUCGGGAGGACCGAUGCAGGCAGUGGUACCCAUUGGAAAGGGCUACCGGUACGUUCUGUUUGCGGUGAUUUCUGGUGGUUCGGGUGUUUGUACUGUUGAAAUGAAACAGCCUGGAGUGGGAGUGAUGGUCGGUUAUCACUUGAACUGGAUAUUGGAUCAUAUGGAUGUUUGACCUAAGAAGCGUACAGUUUUAAAUUCAGAUACUAUUUAUUAAUUCGACACCUGUGAUCUUAUGUUUUAUAAUUUUAUGUUAGUGUACUACUUGUAAUUAUAUUAAUUACAAUUUAAUUUAUUAGCAAAAUUUUAGGCGAAGAAUUUCAGUGCAGAAAGCUAUUGCCGUCAUCUAGAAAUUUUAUUAGAAUUCUUAAGAUUCAGUUGUAAUAAAGAAUUAUUACUAAACUCUUCAAUGUUUCUAUGACAUGUGACAUUCAUUGUUCUAUCCGUGAAUAAUAAUUUC